CUAAAUCAGAUAAAAAAUAAAUGAAAAUGGCUGAUGAUCUGAGUGAGAGGCUGAUUAAUAAUGGAGAGGAUCAAGAAGAGAAAUUGAUAGACAUAAUAUUAAAUGAAAACAAGAAAUUAUGGGUAGUAGCAGGUCCAGCAAUAUUUACAAGAUUUUCAACAUUUGGAGUUAAUAUAAUAAGCUUAGCUUUUAUUGGUCAUAUUGGAGCCACUGAACUUGCUGCUUAUUCACUGGUUUUGACUGUUCUCAUCAGAUUUUGCAAUGGCAUCCUUUUAGGUAUGGCAAGUGCACUAGAGACACUAUGUGGGCAAUCAUAUGGAGCAAAACAAUACCAAAUGCUUGGCUUACAUAUUCAAAGAUCAUGGAUUGUCCUAAUAAUUACCACAACACUUUUACUCCCUAUAUUUCUAUUUACAACUCCAAUUUUGAAAGCAUUAGGCCAACAAGAUGACAUUGCACAAGUGGCUGGAAUAGUUUCAUUUUGGUUAAUCCCAGUGUUAUAUGCCUAUGUUGUGUCCUUCACUUGCCAAAUGUACCUUCAAGCACAAAGCAAGAACAUGAUUAUUGCAUACUUAGCUGCAAUUACACUAAUAAUCCAUGUUUUUUUGUCUUGGCUUUUGACAAUCAAGUUUAAGUUUGGGCUAUCUGGUGCUAUGGUAUCAACAAUUUUGGCCUUUUGGAUACCUAAUAUUGGCCAAUUGGUAUUUAUUAUGGGUGGAUGGUGCAAAGAUACUUGGACUGGUUUUACAUUCUUGGCUUUCAAGGAUUUGUGGCCUGCUGUCAAGCUUUCUCUGUCAUCUGGUGUCAUGCUUUGUGUGGAGCUCUGGUACAACAGUAUACUGGUUCUACUUACUGGAAACUUCAAAAAUGCUAAGAUUCAAAUUGAUGCCCUUUCUAUAUGCCUUAACAUCAAUGGUUGGGAAAUGAUGAUAGCUCUUGGCUUCAUGAAUGCAGCAUGUGUACGAGUAGCAAAUGAGUUGGGAAGAGGAAGUUCCAAGGCAGCAAAAUUCUCAAUAAUGACAAUAGUCUUAAUAUCUUCUACCAUUGGUUUCAUCCUAUUUUUAUUCUUCUUCUUCCUAAGGGGACAUUUGGCUUAUGUUUUCACAAAAAAUGAAGAUGUAGUUGAGGCAGUAGAUUAUUUAUCACCUCUCUUGGCUUUUUCAAUUCUAUUGAACAGUGUUCAACCUGUACUUUCUGGUGUGGCUAUUGGAGCUGGAUGGCAAAGCAUUGUGGCGUAUGUUAAUAUUGGAUGCUAUUACUUGGUUGGAAUUCCUAUUGGAGUAAUCCUUGGUUUUGUUCUGCAAUUGCAAGUUAGAAUAUUGGUACUAAAACUUGAAGGGGAGUCUUGGAGUAACUGGUAAAGUUGUUGUCAUGUGAUCAGAAGGUCACGGGUUCAAGCCUUGAAAACAGCCUCUAAUAGAAAUGCAAGGUAAGGCUGCGUACUAUACACCCUUGUGGUGGGGCCCUUUUCCGGACACCGCGCAUUGUCGUAGCUUUAAUGCACCGGGCUGCCUUUUUUAUAUUGGUACUAAAAUUUACUGUUAUUGAACACCUGAUAUUAAUCGGAAAGGUUGAACCUAACUUAGAAAAUUAUUAUUUUCAUGAUCAAAUGGUGCCUAAGCCUUGAAAGUGAACGCCCGCCCAAUUUCUCUCUAGUUAGUCUAGGAAGUAAGUCGAUUGCAUGCCUCUUUUCCUUUGAUUAAUAAAAUGCCCAUCACGGCCACCAAAUUUUUUAUCAACCAAAAAGAAAAAAAGAAGAAGAAAAGAUUGACUGAAGAGUAUAUAUUAUGAUCGUCUUGAUUUGAUUGAAUAUGAAAUUUAAGAAUACAUAGAGGAAUUCUGAAUUUUGUGUUUUAAAACUAGAAGUGAGCAUAACAUAUAAAAAAUAUUUUUUGAUUCUUCUGAUUUUAAACAUGUCAUAAUAUUCCUCUAAAAGGGAAGUGUCAUUAAAGGUUAAAAAAGCUGAAAUAAGGAACGUACUAAAUAUAGAACUAUGGCGUUUUUUCGAUGAUCUAAAAAGUAAAGUAACUCUAAAUUGAAAAAGAAAAAGGAGUAACUCAAAAUUGCUAUUCCUUCCAUUCUGUUUGUGUCAUAACUAGGAAAUAGGCCUACGCUUUGCCCGAUGAUGAAAAGCAUAUUCAUGAUUGAUCUUAUAAAUAAUUAUGGCCAAACCCAUGGUGGCCCUCUGAACUUGAUACGAACUUUCACUUAGGCACCUCAAGUGAACGUUGUUCACUUUUGACACCUCAAGUAGCCAUAAAGUGUCACUUUGACACUUUUUGCUGAUUGAGCAAAGAGAGUGUAUUACACUCAUGGUUUGGUGCGUGGUAGCUGUAUUUUCGCUCAUUUAUUAUUUAAUUUUACCAUCUUCUCCUAUUUUUUUAUCCAAAUAAUUUUUAAAUAAAAAAUAUUCAAACACCUUCAUUCACCCCUCCCCCCCCAAAACCCAUCUUCUCCAAACACUCCCACCCACUUACCAAAAUCAUCUUCUCCAAAUACCAAGCGCCCACCCACUCAUCCAAUCAAAUCUCCUUCUUCUCCAAAUACCCCAGCGUCCCCACCCUCACCAAACCUAUGAAUCAAUAUCCAAAACACCCCAAGUAUACAUAAUCCUCCGCAUCUAUUUUAUGGAGAUGCAAAUUUUGUGUUAAAUAUUAUUUUUUUCACCCCAUCUCUCUUGCUCAUCGGUUUUAACACAUCUCCAGACAUGUAAGAAGCUCAAUCAAAUUGAGCUUUCAGAUUCUGAGAUUUAUGCUUAAAAAAAAUUCAGAUUCUGAGAUUUAUGCUCAAUAAAAUUGACUUUAGUUCAAAAAAAUUGAGUUACUAAUUCAAAAACAAAGAGUAAAAUAUUGUAUUAACAUGAUAAUUAACUCUUCAAGAAUCUGAAAAAUUCUACCUCCAUUGAUGAUGACAGUUUCAAUGAUAAUUGCUUCGGUGGUUGAGUUUAGUGAUUGUGAUACUAUGGUGGUAAUGAAAAUUUGAUAGUGGGUGUGGAAGAAAAAUCUAUGAAUAGAAAAAGGGAAAAGAAAAUGUUGGGGGUGGGGGUGGCGGGCGUUGGUGGAUUGAAGAGGACAAAUGGAAGGGGUGAGUGGGUGGGGGUAGGGUGGUGGCAAGCGAUUUAGGGGGUGGGGUGGGUUGAGGAAGAUGAUAUGGGGUGGGUUGGGGUGGUUAGGAAGAUGAUAUAAGGUGGGGUGGUGGUGGUGGUGAGGUUAUUAAUAUUUUUAUUUAAAUUAAUUAUAUAAAAAUUAUUUUUAUAAAAAUGACAAAUGUCUUUUUAUAAUUGGUCCCUUUCCAUGUGUUUUAAUCUCUUUUUUCAAUAAAAAAAAUUAUUAUAGGUGUAUAUAGUGAUGUGACAAUUUAAAUGAGUUGGCACAAAUUAAUUAGCCGUUUUUCCCACGCUGGCAGUGAGUGAGACACACUCACUGGUGCUGAUGUCGAAAGUUGUAAAAGUGACAUACUUUAUGGCUACUUGAGGUGUCAAAAGUGAACAACAUCAACUUGAGGUGCCUAAGUGAAAGUUCGUGCCAAGUUUAGAGGGCCACCGAUGGGUUUGGCCAAUAAUUAUCUUCUCUAUUAUUAUUAUUAUUAUUAAAUAUUUGUGAGAUUAUUAUUAUUAUUAUUAUUAUUAUUAUUAUUAUUAAAUAUUUGUGAGAUUAUAAAAAUUUCAACUUCAAUACAUGAUAUAUAUUAUGUCCUAGACUUUUAUUUAAUUCAUAUUUGAUUCACUUUUUAAGAAUAUUAACAUAAAAAAGUUCACCUCAUUUUUGAAAGUGAAAUUAUUGCCGUGUACAAUAUAUAUGUUUUUGUCUUUCAACACUUACCUAAAAGAACAUUAAGUGAUUUUAGGAGUUGAUGAAUCACACUUCUUCGAAACGAAAUCCUUGACAUAUUACAAAUUUACAUUCAUUUUUUAAUAGUUUUGUUAAAUACAUAACUAAAUAACAUGAUUAUCGUAUGUUAAAUUAUUCAAGCUCGAUUUGCUCUUCUCAGUUAUUAUACCCAAAAGUAAGAUGAUAUGCAUAUUCAAGAAUCAAUCUAUAAAUCUACAAAACAAAUUUUGUCAUCUAAGCAACAAUAAAAAUAUUAGAUUCAUAUUAUGGAAUGAUAAGAAAUAUUAGGUUCUUACUAUAUAUUGCAUGAGAAUUUUUAAAGUUGCUCUUUAUUUGUUAGUUUGAAGAUGAUAAACCCUAAACAUACAUUUGUAUCCUCAGUUUCUUUAGCGUCUUUCCACGCCGAACAUUUAAAUUUCCACUAAAUAUUAUUAUUAGGAACUAAAUAUACGUAUUUGUUAUAUUUUAUAUCAUAUCUAGCACGAAAUUUUAUUAGAACAAUUUUUUUCCAUCUUCAUACUUAAUUCUCUCUCUUUAUGUUUGUUUUGUAUAAUUAUUUUCUUUCUUUUUCAAUUAUACAUUUAUUGAAUGAGAAUUUCUUCUUCUUUUUUUGAGAUAAUUAUAAGAGAAUAGAGAUAUACAAUUAAUACUUAGAUAGGUCGGAUGAAAGCUAUAGAGGUAAUGUAAUUAAAAUUAUUGUGACAACAUGAGGUUUUGAUCUUUUGUCUUUUUAUCUUUUAUCUUUGAUAUAUAUCAAUACAUAUUAA